AUGGCGUGCACAGCAGAGAUCAAGAGCAACGAAGGAGGCGUCGCUCUCUCCACCCCCGCUCAGGCUUUUGAGGACAUCUACAUCGAGCAGAGGAGGGUGAUCAAAGUGGUGCUGGAGUACGCCGACAAGAUCUUCACCUACAUCUUCAUCCUGGAGAUGAUGCUCAAGUGGCUCGCCUACGGCUUCAAAAAGUACUUCACCAACUACUGGUGCUGGCUGGACUUCCUCAUCGUUGAUGUCUCAUUGGUCAGUUUGGUAGCCAACACAUUGGGUUAUUCAGACUUAGCAGCCAUCAAAUCCCUGCGGACGCUGCGAGCCCUGCGGCCCCUCAGAGCCCUCUCCAGAUUUGAAGGCAUGAGGGCAACGUUCAAAGGCUGGAUGGACAUCAUGUACGCAGCGGUGGACUCGAGAGCUGUGGAGGAGCAGCCUAUCAAGGAGAUCAACCUGUACAUGUACCUGUACUUUGUCAUCUUCAUCAUCUUCGGCUCCUUCUUCACCCUCAACCUGUUCAUCGGUGUCAUCAUCGACAACUUCAACCAGCAGAAGAGAAAGUUAGGAGGACAGGACAUCUUCAUGACCGAGGAGCAGAAGAAGUAUUACAACGCCAUGAAGAAACUCGGCUCCAAAAAACCUCAGAAGCCCAUUCCCCGACCGACGAACUCUCUGCAGGGCUUCUUCUUCGACUUGGUUGGGAAGCAAGCGUUCGACAUCAUCAUCAUGGUGCUGAUCCUCUUCAACAUGAUCACCAUGAUGGUGGAGACGGACGAGCAGCCGCCUCAGAUGGAGAAGAUCCUGAACAACAUCAACCUGGCCUUCAUCAUCAUCUUCACUGCUGAGUGCCUGAUCAAGAUCAUGGCGCUGCGUUGCUACUUCUUCACCGUUGGCUGGAACAUCUUCGACUUCGUGGUGGUCAUUCUCUCCAUCGUGGGGAUCGUGCUUGCUGAUAUCAUUGAAAAGUACUUUGUGUCACCCACACUGUUCAGAGUGAUCCGACUGGCUCGCAUUGGACGAAUUCUGCGCCUCAUCAGAGGUGCUAAAGGCAUCCGGACGUUACUGUUUGCCCUCAUGAUGUCCCUUCCUGCUCUCUUUAACAUUGGACUUCUCCUGUUCCUUGUCAUGUUCAUCUACGCCAUCUUUGGUAUGGCCAACUUUGCCUACGUGAAACGGCAGGCGGGGAUCGAUGACAUGUUUAACUUUGAGACGUUUGGGAACAGCAUGAUCUGCUUGUUUCAGAUCACCACCUCUGCAGGAUGGGACAGCCUUCUCAGUCCCAUUCUCAACAACUCCCCUGAGGAGUGCGAUGCCAACAUCCCCCACACUGGCACCACCGUCAAGGGGAACUGUGGGAACCCAUCAGUGGGCAUCACCUUCUUUGUCACCUACAUUAUCAUCUCCUUUCUGAUUGUGGUAAACAUGUAUAUCGCCAUCAUCCUGGAGAACUUCAGUGUUGCCACUGAGGAAAGCACUGAACCCCUCAGCGAAGACGACUUCGAGAUGUUCUACGAGGUCUGGGAGAAGUUCGACCCGGAGGCCACGCAGUUUAUCGAGUACUCCAAGCUGUCCGACUUUGCUGACUCGCUGCUAGAGCCGCUGCGCAUCAACAAGCCUAACAAGAUCAAACUGAUCUCCAUGGACCUGCCCAUGGUGAGUGGAGACAAAAUCCACUGCCUGGACAUCCUGUUUGCCUUUACCAAGCGUGUCCUGGGCGAGUCAGGAGAGAUGGAUGCCCUCAAGCAGCAGAUGGAGGAGAAGUUCAUGAUGGCGAACCCGUCCAAGAUCUCUUACGAACCCAUCACUACAACUUUGAGGCGCAAGCAGGAAGAAGUCUCCGCCACCAUCAUCCAGAGGUGUUACCGGAGACACCUUGUGAGGCGACAGCUGAAGGCCGCCUCCUACAUGUACCGCCAGAUCACCACACCUCGGCAUGCAAGAGGUGAAGGUGAAGAAGGAGGUGAAGUAGUGUUUGGGGAGGAUGCGCCUGAGAAAGAAGGGCUGAUUGCCACCAUGAUGAGGGAAAACUACGGCUCAAGCAUGUUAGGGAUCGAGCACUCAGAGACGAUUUCCUCCACCUCGUCUCCACCUUCAUAUGACAGCGUGACACGGGCCACAUCCGAGAUCUUUCAACCGCUCGCUGUCAAGACAGAAACUGCUGCCGACACUGCGGGCAGCGAACAAAGUGAACAAUCGCAGUCAGAAAUCACCCACGACAGACAGCAGGAAACGACGCCAUAGCAGGAACAGAAAAGCAAAAAAAUAAUUAACAAAUGAGGAUUUUCUCAUUUGAGGUUGGCCUGUUUAUUCUUUUGUUUACUGAAUGUACCAUAGCUGAGAACGCUGAAGCGGCAGCAGGAAGAAGCUAUGAAGAACUACGAGGAGCCUGCAACAUGGAAGAAUUACUACCUUUAAUGUCAUUUCCUGUUCCCUGGAGAAAGUGUUUUGGGAGUUUCCUGAAGGGAAGCAAAGCAACUGCAAAACAGAGAGGGUAACCCUGUCUGUCAGGUCAACUCUGCCUUUGUUGGAGUAAUAGACAGUAAAGGAAAACCUACUCUUGGGUCAACCAGAACCAGGAGUUUAGAACAAUGACCUUUCACCAAAGCUACAGGUGGUCAGAGGGGGCAGAGCAACUAUAUCACAAAUGUAUCCAUCAUUUUUUGGCCUGGGGAGUUUGUGCCUUCCCACAGUUGAUCAAUAUUCUCAGAGUAUGUUUGGUUGUAAGAGUGACGGCGGUGUUUCUCAACACGUUAAGGGUCGACGGCGUUCUGACUGACGCUCGAGAGAGGAGGGAAAAUAAUGACAACGUGAUUUCAAAACAAUGUUUUCGUAGUAAAAGUACGUUGUUGAUGUUACCAGUCUUUUAAUAGCGGUACAAUUAUUACUAUUUUUUAUAUUUUUUAGAGUAAGUUGAAGAAAACCAGUUAGCAGUCUCUCUUUUGACUUCGGAGUGGCACUAGCUAUGAAAAAGUGGCUGAACUACCAUGUUGUAAUAGAUGAGAGGAGAAGGCGCGGUCAGGAAAAAAAAAAUCUCAAAAACCUGAAUCUUCAUCUGUUUUUGUUGGCUGUUUUGCACUUUUUGAGUUUACACCUGCUCUCGCUUUGCCGCACCUGGGCGAAGGGCGUGGAGAAGAGCCUGGGAUUUCAUUAUUUUUCUUCUCAAAACUUUUUGCGAUAACACCAAAAAAAUGUGCACAAUGAGAUUUUCUACACGGUCCCAAACUCUUCUAACACGCAUCUUUGCCCACGGGUGGACGGCCUCAUACUCGGCAGUUUGUUGGCUUGUGGGUGAUUUGUCUAAAAGUCAUGUUAGAUAUUCCGGCUUCACUUCCCUAUAACAUGAAGCAGAAGAGUCCUAUUUCUGCACUGUCACCACACUGAGUGGGGAGAAAAAUGAAGCUUACUGGCUUUCAUUGAUUGAGGAUGCAUGAUUUAGGAAUAAGUUUUAUGUAAUGCUGCCUGGGUGGAAGGAAAAUAAGAGGCUUGUCAACUGUAGUGUUAUUCUCCUAUGCCAAAAAUAGUCAAGACUGCAGGUGAAUUUACUUUUUUUUUUAUAUAUUAUUCAGUUUAGUAAAAGCAUCAGACUGCUGGUUUAACACCAGCCUAGCACAAAUUCAAAAUAGGUUUAUAGCAUGCAGCGAACCACCAGUCUUUGCUUUUUAACAACUGAACAAAGACAUGUAAUAAUAAUAAUGAUGAUGGUAAUAAUAAUAAUAGUCGUAGAUUUUAUAUAGCUUUUUCCUAACAAUGUUACAAAGCGCUUCAUAGAAAGAAUCAAAAAGCAAAAUAAAAACAUCAGAACAAAAAUGACCACAGGUCAGAAGUAAAAGAUCAAUGCAAAAGGAAGCAACACAGCAAUAACAAGCGCAGAACACUGAUGUUCAUGCAGGACACCUGUUAGCCUAUUUUAAUGCCAUGAAUGCCUCCUUUCAUUUUUUUUUUCUUUUCCUGGGAGCAUUUGAUGUCUCUGUACAAACUGAACAUUGUCAACUUUUAUGACAAAUCACCCGCUGUCGUUCAGCAUCUGUCUGGUCUGAGUUCGGCUCGGCACAAACCGGCUUUAAGGUCCUGGUGGUGUCAGCCAGCUCUGACUACAGAGCGACAAUCAGCUCAGCACAUCUGCAUCAGGAUUUCUCCACAUUUGGUUUUAUGAAAAGCUAAAAAGGUCACUCUCGUGUUUGACCAUCACCAGUGUCCUGGAACAACCUUAUCUUGAAAACUCAACAGCAAUAUGACAAUGUUGAAGAAACCAGAGACUGCACAAAAGGCAAUGAAACUCUGUUACUUUGCCAAAAGUUUAGUAUUUUGUUCCUGACUAUAAGUAUGAAUACUCUUGGUAUCACACGCCUCCCUGCGAAGAUACAUUUCAUGUAAAUGAGGCUCAGUAAUUCACGCACAUUUUGCUUCCCAUUAACCAAAUUUUAUCGGAAUUUGGUUGCAAUUCAGUGAGAGAACCAGAAGGGGGCGCUGGCAAGACUGUCUUUAGUGAAAAAGGGUGAAUGGAGCUAAACAGCUAAGUUAAUGACUUCCACCUGCUUCCAUUCAAAAACAUCUAUAUUACUUUUCAUAAAUCCAGCAUCAACAGCGUGUCUGAAAUUAAUCAAAACAACACUUAUGUUCGGUUUUUCUCACAGUUAAGCCGGUUUAAUUAAACACUAGCAUGCUGCUAAUGGGUGCUGAUUAGUUGGUUAAGCAAUUGGGAUGGAACGUCCUCCCGCCAUGGCAGCAGAAACCCCGUCAGAAGUUCCUGUGUCGUGAAGUUGUGAAUCUCUAAUAAUCACAGAAAGAGAUUCUACUACAAUAGAAACCUGUAAAAAAAGAAAAAUCAAACUCCAC